UUCUCUCUUGGAGCAUUUCACCCAGUUCAAUGGGGGGUUUUGUUGUUUAGAGUCUAUCAGAGAAGCUAUUUUGGUUUGUCUAAUCUACACCUAAAAUCCAGAGAGUGCUGCAGGAGGAACAGGCCUUUCUGGAAGUUACCACUAAACCAUUUGUUAUUUUUAUUAUUUUGUGCAGGUAGAAAAGGAGGCCACAAAGGCCGAGCAAGGCAGUACACGAGUCCUGAGGAGAUUGAUGCCCAGCUCCAAGCAGAAAAGCAAAAGGCAAGGGAAGAGGAGGAGCAAGAAGAAGGAGGUGAAGGAGCAACAGGGGACCCUAAAAAGGAGAAGAAAUCUCUAGAUUCAGAUGAGAGUGAUGAAGAUGAUGAGGAUUAUCAGCAAAAGCGCAAAGGAGUGGAGGGGUUGAUAGACAUAGAGAACCCCAACCGUGUCAUUCAGACAACCAAAAAAGUCACUCAGCUGGACCUGGAUGGACCCAAGGAGCUCUCACGACGAGAGAGAGAGGAAAUAGAGAAGCAAAAGGCAAAAGAAAGAUACAUGAAAAUGCACCUAGCUGGGAAAACAGAGCAAGCCAAGGCAGACCUUGCCCGAUUAGCCAUCAUUCGGAAGCAAAGGGAAGAAGCUGCCAGAAAGAAGGAAGAAGAAAGAAAAGCAAAAGACGAAGCGGCCAUGGCAGGUAAAAGACUGCAGUCACUAUCCCUUAACAAGUAAACACAGGCCAUGCAAGAGGAGGAAACACCAGGGAACUGUGCCUGGUCCUGUGGGAGCUCUGCAGUGUCACCUUCCAUCGAUGCCACGCAGGGCAUCCUGCAGCAUUGACCUCACCUCCACCUCCAAGAGACACUGACGAUGUGUUUGUCCUCAUCCUGGCACAGAUUUCCAUUUGGGGUUAGGGGCAGCUGCUCUCUGCAGUGCAGAGCUGUGCUGGACAGCAAUUCCCUGUAACAGUUCAGAAACAUGAAUGUUUUUGCUGUUUUUAGGAUCAAGAACUCGUAGACGGUGGGAGGGGGGCAGGGUGGGAGGGAGCUGUGUGGGAGGGGAGGUGCUUCAAAUACUAGAUUGCAAGAAAAUAGAUUGUGGGGUCGUUGUGGGGUGUGGCAUGGGGUGGGGAACUGACUUGGUUUGGAAUCUCAAAGGAUAAUGUAUCUGAGGAAUCCAGUUGGCAAAGAGCCCAUUAAAUUUUGCUGCAGGGCAUUGCAGUAUAAGCUGGGAGCCUGACUUCAUGGACAUCUGGAGUGCCGUUCCUUCCCAGAUUCAUCCCUCCUUUCUUGCAGCCAGUCUCCCCUUUUCCCUCCUCUUCAUUUUCUUUUUCUCCUCCUUAUUAGGGAUAGUGCCAGUUUUUAACCACAUCAUCCUUUGUUUAAAGGAGAAAAACAAACAACAUUUAUUGUGUCAGAUCCAGAUGGAAAAAAAAAACCAAAAAGCAAAAAAAAAAAAAACUUGAUCAAGUUUAAAAACCAUCAAGAGAACUUGUAUAUUUGGCUGAUUAAACUGUAAGUUAUCAGAA